GCUCGGCUCGCUCUUUGGGCCGUAAGCUCACUCGCCAGAACGCCCACAGUUAACUCUCGUCCUGCGGACGACACGGUUCUUGGUCGGCACAGCUUGCUCGCGCGCGCGGGUAGUCAGGUGUUCGGGUCGUUUGGGCGACGCGCGGCGGACCGCCCUUUUAUUUUCCUUCAUCCGGGGAAGUUUUGCCCAUAAUCGUCGGCUGCAAAAGGAGGCGGGGGCGUGUCGAGCGGUAUAGUGCACAUUCAUUCGGGUCAUUAGGCGAGCAUACCGCCCGCCGCAUCCAGAGAACAGGCGCAAAAUGGCAGCACCUGUGAAGAAAGUACCCAUUCAUCUACAGAGCUCUCAAAACCGACUGAUCAUCAAGAAUGGCAAGAUUGUCAACGCAACUGGUAUGCAGGAUGGUGAUAUUUUCGUGGAAGAUGGAAUCAUCAAACAAAUCGGUACCAACCUUAUUGUUCCCGGUGGCACUCGAAUGAUUGAUGCCAGAGGCAGGUACAUCAUUCCUGGAGGUAUUGAUCCCCAUGUUCAUUUUGCAUUUGAAUUCAUGGGUCAAACUUCUGCAGAUGAUUUUUAUCAGGGUACUAAAGCGGCUAUCGCUGGGGGAACUACCAUGAUCAUUGAUUUUGCUAUUCCCAAGAAAAAGGAAUCCCUAUUAGAUCAAUAUGAUAAGUAUCGUUUAAUGGCAGAUGAUAAAGUGUGUUGUGACUAUGCUCUUCAUUGUGGCAUUACUUGGUGGUCAGACAAAGUAAAGCAGGAGAUGGAAACACUUUGCAAGGAGAGAGGAGUCAAUUCUUUCAAAGCAUUCAUGGCAUACAAAGAUGACUUGAUGAUUCGUGAUGAUGAGCUAUAUAAAAUGAUGGAAACAUGUAGGCAGCUUGGUGCUGUUGCAAUGGUUCAUGCUGAAAAUGGCGAUAUUAUUCAGGAGAAUGCUAAAAAACUUCUAGCCAAAGGCGUGAACGGACCAGAUGGGCAUGAAAAAUCUCGCCCUGAGGAGGUUGAAGCAGAGGCCACAAACCGUGCAUGUGUGAUUUCUAAGCAGGUGAAUUGUCCUUUGUAUGUUGUGCAUGUUAUGAGCAAAGAGGCAGGAGAUGUCAUUUCUAAGUACCGUGAGCAGGGCUGGCCAGUUUAUGGAGAAGCUCUAGCCGCAGGCCUUGGUACAGAUGGCCGCCCUUGCUGUAGCUCCAACUACGGCCUAGCUGCAGCUCAUAUUAUGAGCCCUCCAUUGCGUUCUGAUCCUACAACAAAGGAGCGCCUGAUGGACCUUUUGUCUGCAGAUGGUUUGCAGACAACUGGAAGUGAUAACUGUACCUUUUCGUCACAGCAGAAGUCUGUUGGGAAAAAUGACUUCAGCAAAAUUCCAAAUGGUGUAAAUGGCGUUGAGGAUCGAAUGUCAGUGGUAUGGGAAAAGGGUGUUCACACUGGAAAGAUAACACCCACUCGUUUUGUUGAAAUAACAAGCACCAAUGCUGCCAAAAUUUUCAAUUUGUUCCCUUCCAAAGGAGCCAUUGCUAUUGGCUCUGAUGCUGACAUUGUUGUUUGGAACCCAAACAGAACUCGCACAAUCUCAGCAAAGACUCAUCACCAGGCUUGUGAUUACAACAUCUUUGAAGGAAUGGAAUGUCAUGGUGUACCUGAGUAUGUGAUUGUGAGUGGAAGGGUUUGUGUUGAUGAUUGUGAGCUAAAAGUUGUGCAAGGACAUGGAAGGUUCAAUCCAACCCCAUUGUAUCCUCCUACUGUUUAUGAUCCUAUUGCAUCAGAGGAAGAAAAGGCAAGUUAUGCUGCCUUGCCAGAUAUUGUUACAGAAACUUGUGAACAGAUUUCUAAGACCCAUGUCAAUGGUGAUUACGGUGAUUACGAUGACUCUGCUCCAUUCAAUCCCAACUCUGCCAUCAUAUUUUCCGAUCAGGUUUCAACCCCCACUGGAAAAGGAAUGCGCCAUGAAGGUGUUCGUAAUCAACAAGGUUCCAGCUUUUCUAUUAGUAAGGAAAUGGGUGAAACAGCUCAGCGUUCUACGAUUCGUGUGCACAAUCCUCCAGGUGGAAGGUCAUCAGGCGGAUUUUGGUAGAGUCGUUGGCAUAAGUGAGUCUGACCCUGCUUUAAAAGUUGUCUAGUCCUUCUUUUAAUAUUUUAAUUUGCGUACAAAUUAUAUAGUCCUAGGAGGACUUUGUUAAGUGAGCAAUCAGCUAUAUUCUUUUGUCUUCCUUAUUUUUUGAGGCACAGUAUUAAUAUUGAUAAUAAUUGCUGAAAUUAAUGUUAAUAUGCAAUGGAGUGCAUAGUUUACCUGUUAUGUUUUGAGCCAAUAUUGUUUUGCUUUGUAAAUUGAUUCAAAUUGUUUUGCUGUUUAACACAUUGGCUGUGGUUGAAUUUUAAGCCCUAUGAAAUGGCUGUCAAAUUGGUGGUGUCGCCCCACAUAGUAGUUAUGCUGCAGCCAAUGCGCUAAACCACUAGUAUCUUUUAUGUGUCUGUACAUUUAUGUUUAGUUUUCUAUUAUUAUUAUUUUCUAGACAACUUCAACUGCAGUGAUGUUGAUUUUGAGAAACAUGUUAAUAAAUGAGUUUGCCGGAAGGUUAAAUCAGAAAAUAUGGAAUGCCUGGCUAAGAAUUACGUCUAGAUGCUUUAAAACCUUCAAGGAACUGACGAUGCUUUCCUUGCUUGCAAUAAUGCAUCAAUUAUUACUCUAUUCUUCAGUAUUUUUAAGGUUGUGUAAGGCUUUACUCAUUGAGUGUUUUGUGAUCUAUUUUGGCAUGCCUGUGUAAAAGCAAGCAAUCAGUAAAUAUGCCAAAUUGAUGAUUUUAGUGAUCCCUUCUCCAGUGUUUCAUAUCUUUUGAUACUCUUUUAACUUAACAGUUAAGUGUGAGCUAAAUGUUAAAAUCCCUGAUUGCUGGUCACAUUCUUUGGUUUUCCUGUGUUUCUUGUUACUGUAGCGUGUUUGUAAUUUACUUGCAAAUGUUAUUAAUGCAUGUUCCAUUUUCAAUAUGAGUUGACCAUAUUUUGAUUAGUUCUGAGAUGUUUUUCUUCCAAUCAUUAGUGAUUUUGUAGCUUAUUUUUAAGUACAUGUUUAGAAGCUUGAUUUGAGACUUCCCCUCAAAUAUGUACUGCAAGCUUUAAUUCAUAAACACUUCCACUCGGAUAUGAAUCUAUAAGACAAGCCACUGACAUGUGCCAUGUAGUAUGAUUUCAAUCCAGCUUUUGUUUUGUUUAUUCCUGAUUGUGGAGUUUGAAAGACAUAUUUCUUGGAAUAUGAAGAGGAUUAAAAAGUUGGUGCUUAUGCUACAUGCGGACCAGUUUUAGCCCAAUUUCAUCCAUCACUAUCUAUUGAAUAGUGUUAAUGAGCUUAUGAGUGAUGAUAUUGUAUACUGUAAGAUUGCAGAAUUUGUGUACCAAUGAAAUUGAUGUAGAACAUGUAUGUCUUUGAAGAAAUAACAUUGGUACAUAUUUUCUGAAACUUAAGAAUAUACCUAUUAUACAAUUGCAUAAUAUUGGUAAUCACAUGUAUAAAUCUUUAUAACUUUUUCAAAUAGCUUUUUAUAUGAACUGUUACAAUGAGUGAGCAAGUACAGCAUUUUAUCAAUAAAUAAAUGAGCGCAGCUGCUCUCCACUGGUAUGGAAGUGCAUAUUUAUAGAGUAUUUAUUGUAUCUUCACUCAGUGAUGUAUUUAUAAAUAUCAUAUAUAAAAUGCUUCAGAGAAUAAAAAGCUGAAAUUUUA